UGUGGAAAGAGUUACAGUCAUAGGGGAAGCCUUUAUAUACAUCAAAGAAUCCAUACAGGAGAGAAACCAUAUAAAUGCCUGGAGUGUGGAAAAAGCUUCAUUACAAAUCAACAUCUUGAAAGACAUCAAAGAAUCCAUUCAGGAGAGAGACCUUAUAAUUGCCUGGAGUGUGGAAAGAGUUUCAGUCAUAAGGGAAGCCUUUAUACACAUCAAAGAAUCCAUACAGGAGAGAAACCGUAUAAAUGCCUGGAGUGUGGAAAAAGCUUCCUUACAAAUGAACAUCUUGAAAGACAUCAAAGAAUCCAUACAGGAGAGAAACCGUAUAAAUGCCUGGAGUGUGGAAAGUGUUUCAUUAGAAAUGGACAUCUUAAAAGCCAUCAAAGAAUCCAUACAGGAGAGCGGCCUUAUAACUGCCUAGAGUGUGGACAGAGUUUCAGUCUGAAGGGAAGCCUUCUUAGACAUCGAAGAAUCCAUUCAGGAGAGAGACCUUAUAAUUGCCUGGAGUGUGGAAAGAGCUUCAGGUGUAGGGGACACCUUUACAGACAUCAAAGAAUCCAUUCAGGAGAAAAACCGUAUAAAUGCCUGGAGUGUGGAAAUAGCUUCAGUCUGAAGGGAAGCCUUCUUAGACAUCGAAGAAUCCAUUCAGGAGAGAGACCUUAUAAUUGCCUGGAGUGUGGAAAGAGCUUCAGGUGUAGGGGACACCUUUACAGACAUCAAAGAAUCCAUUCAGGAGAAAAACCGUAUAAAUGCCUGGAGUGUGGAAAUAGCUUCAGUCUGAAGGGAAGCCUUUAUAGACAUCAAAGAAUCCAUUCAGGAGAAAAACCGUAUAAAUGCCUGGAGUGUGGAAAUAGCUUCAGUCUGAAGGGAAGCCUUUAUAGACAUCAAAGAAUCCAUUCAGGAGAAAAACCGUAUAAAUGCCUGGAGUGUGGAAAUAGCUUCAGUCUGAAGGGAAGCCUUUAUAGACAUCAAAGAAUCCAUUCAGGACAGAAACCCUAUAAAUGCCUGGAGUGUGGAAGGAGCUUCAGUGAGAGGGGAAGCCUUCAUAGACAUGAAAGAAUCCAUUCCGGAGAGAAACCAUAUAAAUGCUUGGAGUGCGGAAAGUGUUUCAUUAUAAAUGGACAUCUUAAAUGCCAUCAAAGAAUCCAUACAGGAGAGCGGCCUUAUAACUGCCUAGAGUGUGGACAGAGUUUCAAUCAGAGGGGAAGCCUUUCUGCACAUCAAAGAACCCAUUCAGGAGAAAAGCCAUAUAAUUGCUUGGAGUGUGGAAAAAGUUUCACUUGCAGGGGAAAUCUUGAUACACAUCAAAAAAUCCAUUCAGGAGAGAAACCACAUAAUUGCUUGGAGUGUGCAAAAAGUUUCAGUCAGAGGGGAAGCCUUUAUGCACAUCAAAGAAUCCAUUCGGGAGAAAAACCCUAUAAAUGCCUGAAGUGCGGAAAAAGCUUUACUGAGUGUGUAUCGCUCCGUCAACAUCAAAGAAUUCACACUGGAGAAAAACUACAUAAAUGUCUGGAGUGUGGAAAGAGUUUCAGUCAUAGGGGAAGCCUUUAUAUACAUCAAAGGAUUCAGGAGCAGGGCAAGGCCCUGGAACAUCCAUGUCUGCUGAAGGGAGCUCGCUGGGCCCGGCCAGGGAGGAGGCAGGGUGGUGGCUCCCGGGUGAAAGUGGCUGCUGUCAGCGCCGUGCAAGGCCUU